AUGGCAACUACCGCGUCUUCAGAGCGAGCGCUAUCACCGCCAACACUGUCAUCUCCGGUCGUGUCCUCCUACGCGGAGUCCGUUAAUUUCGAACCUUCCUCCUUUGUGGCAACUCUUGAGGACCCGAAACUUCGCGAUAAACUAGAAGUCGAGGCUGAAACGGCUGCGGAACCACUUAGUCGACCGUCCUUCUCUGGCUCGUUCAGGAGCUUCAAUGCCAACGCCCGCCCUUCUUCUGCUUGGUCGCGGAUCACUUCUUCUGCCUUUGCCUCGAGGGAACGUCGCGCGACUAUCUCUGCCGGAAAACGUUCGUUGAAUCUCGUGAGAGGCAAACAGAGCGCCGACGGUGAUAUACCCAGCAUUAUCGUGGACGAGGCUCCUAGCCGACCCGCUUCAAGAAGAUCUUUAUCUGAGAGAAAAUGGAGCUCGGUGCGCGGUACUAGAGGUGAGGUAGCUCUAAGGAAACGGUCCGGUAUAUCCAGUCUUAGCUCAAGUAAUAUACCUCCAGUUCCCCCCAUCCCACCCUUCCAAGGCAUCAAAAUGGACAUCCCAAGCGCGUCUUUAGGGGACAUCACCAGCUCUACGAUUGACGAGAUAAACGAAUGGAGUCCGCCUACAACCACCAACCCAAAGCUGCUCAGUGCUGAUGAGGCACACACAAUUUCGCCCACCAGGAAAGUGAGUUCCUCGACUAUGCGGAAUAUCAGCACGCGACGCAUUCGAUCUGCGAAUUCGUUGAGGGUUGUGAGAUCUGGAAGUGGUAGUGGCGGUACCAUACGUACCUUGUCGGUGGACGAAGAGAUGUUAUCCCGAAAAGCUUUGGAUGAAGAUGAGAGCAUGCUCAUGGACAAGGAUGAGGAGAAAGAUGUCUCUGAAAAUGCUGACUCUUCUCCUGCAAACGGAAAUGCAGCUUCUACUGACCCUGCAAGUGAGAAAUCAGAAACAGUGUCAACGAAUACAAUUAGCCCAGCCAGAAGGACAAAUACGGUUGAGCGAGAAAGUAAUGAGCUUGCUGGUGGCUUAGAGGACUGGAAUGAUAUUGAGAACGGUUACGUCGAUAGGUAUGGUUUCAUCAUUCCUCAUCCUGAGGAUGGCGAGCCAGAAGCGCACGUACCGCAGCCGUUACAACGGGUCUCGACCAGUUUGAUGCUUGCCUCUGCCACACCUAGACGGAAACGUACUAUGGCCAAACGUCCACCUUCAACGGCUGGGGCGGCAAGUAUCCGUUCUUUUGCCGGCCGUUCUUCCUCUCAGCGAACCAGUGACCAACCAAUGCGUCCAACUUCCUCCCAGAGUUCAUACCAGCCUCAUCUUUCUCGUACUACCAGCAGUCUACGUUAUGCAGCCAACAAGCUCCCUCAUAACCGUUCUCGCAAGCUCCUGGACGAGGCCGGUGACAUGUUAACCAGCCCUACCCAAAAGACCAAUAGUUUCAGUUUCUCCGAAGAUGAAACAGCCUAUUCCAAGGCCAUGAGGAAGAAGGAAUCUGAGCGUGAAGACAAGUGGCGUAAAAUGGCCAGGCUUACCUCCAAGGCUAAAGAUGGCUCUGGCAUGACUUUUGAAUUCGACGUAACCAGUACCAAGCUCAUCGAUCGUACCUGGAAGGGAAUCCCGGACAGCUGGCGGUCAACAGCAUGGCAUGCCUUCUUAGCUGCCAGUGCAAAGAAACGUCCCGACAGCCCUACCGAGGAUGAAUUGAUUAGAAAGUUCAAUGAGUUGCAGGUUUAUCCUUCUCCUGAUGACGUCCAGAUCGAUAUAGACGUCCCUCGUACCAUUAGCAGCCAUAUCAUGUUCCGCCGUCGAUACCGUGGAGGACAGAGACUUCUUUUCCGUGUGCUACAUGCCAUGUCUCUGUAUUUCCCAGAAACCGGUUAUGUGCAGGGUAUGGCAGCACUGGCUGCCACUUUACUUGCUUACUAUGACGAGGAGAACGCCUUUGUCAUGCUCGUCCGUCUCUGGCAAUACAGAGGACUUGAUCGACUUUAUCGUGAAGGUUUUGCUGGUCUGAUGGAGGCACUGAAUAGCUUUGAGAAAGACUGGCUAGGUAAUGGGGAGGUAGCUGAGAAACUGACCGAACUGGGAAUUCCCCCAACUGCCUACGGAACCAGAUGGUACUUGACUCUGUUCAACUAUUCCAUCCCAUUUGCUGCUCAACUCCGAGUAUGGGAUGUAUUCAUGCUUCUGGGAGAUUCCGGAGAACCAAUCCAGCCUACUGUUCCAGCCAGUACCAACGGCCACGCCGAUGCUACCAGUACUGGAACCGGCCCUGCUCACCCUGUGGCCAACCCCUUUGGUAAGAGCCUUGAUAUUCUACAUGCAACCUCCGCAGCCUUGAUCGACGGAAUGCGGGACAUCAUUCUCGAAUCCGACUUUGAGAAUGCAAUGAAAGUUCUCACCAGCUGGGUGCCGAUAAAUGAUAUUGAGCUCUUCAUGAGAGUUGCCAGAACCGAAUGGAAAGUUCACUGUCGAAAGAAGGGACAUUAA